GAUCACAUCUUUCUUCUCUCUCUCUCUCACACAUCUAGCAGCAAGGGGCUCAGGAAAUUUAAAGUAAUAAAAAGAAAAGUUAAAAGCUGUCAAGGAAUGGAGAUAUGUUACAGGCGUCCAUCUGUUCAUCCAGAAUUCAAGUUACUUAUAGAGAGAAUUCACCCUCCCAGAGUUUGCAUAGACAAUGAUGCGUUCCCGGACUGCACCCUCGUCAAGGUUGAUAGUGCCAAUAAGCAUGGGAUACUACUGGAGAUGGUUCAAGUUUUGACAGAUUUGGACUUAGUCAUUUCCAAAUCUUAUAUCAGUUCCGAUGGCGGAUGGUUAAUGGAUGUGUUCCAUGUCACUGACCAAUCUGGAAAAAAAAUCAUUGAGGAAAGCAUCAUCCACUACAUCACCCAGGCACUUUGUGAGAGCAGGAGGGGAAUCCAAUCCUUGAAACGCGGAGACGUUGGGCCCCGAUUUGUGUUUACAGAACAAACAACCGCUCUGGAAAUGACGGGAACGGACAGGCCGGGGCUGAUGUCCGAGAUCUCGGCCGUUCUGGCCGAGAUGGGAUGCCACAUCACCGGUGCUGUGGCGUGGACCCACAACGCGCGUGCCGCGUGCAUACUCUACGUCGAAGAAGGAGAGGACGACGACGCGAAGCGUGGCCCGAUCAGGGACCCGUACCGCGUGGCCCAAAUCCAGGCCCAGCUGGAGAACGUCGUCGAAGCCCACCACCAGAACGGGCAGCGCCGGAGCAUGAGGAUUUCGGACCCCGGUGCCACGCACGCCGAGCGGCGGCUCCACCAGCUGAUGGUGGCCGACGGAGACUUCGAGCAGUGCGGCCCGAGGAACGAGGGCGGCGGGGCCCGCGUGAAGAUAGAGAACUGUAAAGAGAAGGGAGGGUACAGUAUAGUUACAGUGUGGUGUAGGGACAGACCCAAGUUGCUGUUCGACACCGUAUGUGCCCUCACCGACAUGCGGUACGUCGUUUCCCAUGCAUCCAUUAGCUCUCAGGAUUCCAUGUCUGUUCAGGAAUAUUACCUAAGGCAUGAAGAUGGAUGCACUUUGAAUUUGGAGAGUGAGAGGAACAGAGUGACACAGUGUUUGAUUGCAGCCACUGAAAGAAGAGCUUCUCAUGGACUGAGGCUGGACAUACGCACUCGAAACAAGCGCGGAUUGUUAUCGGAUGUCACGAGAGUGUUCCGAGAGAACGGGUUGUCCAUUUCUAGGGCCGAGAUCGGGACGCGAGGCGAGAGCGCGAUAGGCACAUUCUACGUGAAGGACGCUUCGGGGCAAAGCGUUGUGAGCAAAGAAACAGUGGAAUCCGUCCGGCGAGAAAUCGGAAGCACCGCAAUGGUGGUUCACGAAUCCUCGAGCCGGUCUGCUCUGGCGGCCGCUGCCAACGGUGGUGAACAAGUGGACAAGGCCGCCGGAGGAGGAGGAGGGGUUUCUUUGGGAAGCUUGCUUUGGGCGCAACUCGAGAGGAUUUCAAGCAACUUCAGACCCAUAAGAUCCUAAACCUGCACAAAUAUGGAGUAGUUUUUUUUCUUUCUAAUCUUACAACACAUUCACAUGUAUGUAGAUAUAUAUAUAUAUAUAUAGGUAGGGUGCCCAUUUACACAUUUACUCUAGCAAUAAAUUUUAGUAUAAAGU